CGAGCAUGUCUAAGUACAGAGGUCCUCAAGAGCCAACCAACACACACGACAACAGAACCGUCCCCUAUCUUUCUUCAUAAGCGUCUCUUCUACCAUCCCUCACCAAUCAAGGACAACCAUCAAUAUGGCCGAGCCAACGCCCCCAACCGAGCUCGGCCGCCUGCGCAUCCUCUCCUCCACCGCAGGCGUGCGCGUCUCCCCGCUCCAGUUGGGUGGCAUGUCCAUCGGAGACGCAUGGGCCGGCAUGAUGGGAUCAAUGAGCAAAGAAGCGGCCUUCAAACUCCUGGACGCCUACCACGAAGCUGGGGGUAACUUCAUUGACACGGCCAGCGCCUACCAAGCCGGGCAGUCGGAGACGUGGAUCGGCGAAUGGAUGCAAGCCCGUCAGAACCGGGACUCGGUGGUGCUGGCCACCAAAUUCGGUAUGGAUUAUCGCAGUCCUGCCAUGGGCCGGGGGCACAAGACGGCCAACUUUUCCGGGAACUCUCGCCGGGGGAUUCAUGUGAGUGUGCGUGAUUCUCUUCAGAAGUUGCAGACGGAUUAUAUCGAUAUCCUCUACGUCCACUACUGGGACUACACCACAUCUAUCAAGGAGAUGAUGGACACCCUGCAUAUUCUAGUCGAACAAGGCAAGGUCCUCUACCUCGGGGCGUCCGACACCCCCGCAUGGAUCGUCGCCGCCGCCAACACCUACGCUAUUGACCACGGUAAAACCCCCUUUAGCAUUUAUCAAGGGCGCUGGAACCUCUUGAACCGGGACUUUGAGCGCGAGAUUAUUCCCCUAGCCCGUCACUUCGGCAUGGCUCUCGCACCAUGGGACGUCCUCAGCGGCGGCAAAUUUAAGUCCAAGGCCGAACUGGAACAGCGCAAGAACACCGGUGAGGCUCUGCGCAGCUUCGCUGGAAAAGCUGCCCAGCAGACGGAAGACGAGGCCAAGAUGAGCGAGGCACUCGAGAAGGUUGCUGCCGAGCAUGGCAUCACCUCUGUCACUGCUGUGGCGUUGGCAUAUGUCAUGUCGAAGGCAGGCAAUGUCUUUCCUCUCGUUGGUGGGCGCAAGGUCGAGCAUUUGCAGGAUAAUAUCCAGGCGUUGAGUUUGAAGUUGACGGAUGAGCAAAUCGCGUAUCUGGAGAGCGUGAAGCCAUUUGAUAUUGGGUUUCCGCAUAAUUUUAUUCCAGCGGAUCCCAAUGUUACUGGCAGUUCGUUUUUAAUCGCGCGGACUAAUGCGAUGAAGUUUCCGAACGCGAGAAAGGAGACUUCCUUGUAGUUGGACAGAUUUGUUAGUGAGGGGUUCUAUAUAGUCUUCGGCUGAAGAAAUGAGAAAAGUAUGUCUUCCAAAGAUGAGGCCGUGGGAUGCAUGAAGUGUCCGUUGUAUGCUGUGGAGAGGUCUACGCAGAUCAGGGUCCAGAAAAUAUCUA